AUGGUAACCGACGGACAAGGUCAAACAGGUCAUAAAGACGAAGGUAGUGGGGAACAGCAUGGCGUGAAAUGUGACAUGAGAGCAGACGUGGAAGACAAAUCAGUUUCUUCCCCUCGUGUCGGUCACACGAGUGAAAGAAGGGGCAUAAAUGUAGGUGUAAAUAAUCCACAAAUCCAGAGGGCUAUGCAGAGAGUUGAGGGGCAAGUAAUCAGUGAGGAAAGAAAGAACACCAAGAGCUUAAGAGUGAGACUUGAGAAUACAAUGUCUUCUUCUUCUUCAAGUGUCAAGACCAACCUCUCUAGCACCAAUCCAAUCCCAAAGGGUCUUAAUGAUGAAGCCAAGUUGGCUAGCCUUCCGUCAGGUUUUAAAUUCAAACCAACAGAUGCUAUAUUGAUUCAUUACUAUCUCGCCAGGAAAAAUUUAGGAGAAACAUUACCAGCUAACAGAAUGAAGGAAGUGCUUGAUUUCUACCACCAUCAUCUUGAAAAUCUCACGCAAGAUUACAAGGGGUAUGAACCAAACCAUUGGUACUUGUUCACACGAAAGUGCUAUGGGAAAGAAGCAGUAGUAGGAGGCAACCGGGUCCAUAGCACUGCAGUAAGAGGGAGUCUGGAUAACACCAACAGGGUAUGGAUUCGUGUUGCAGGUCCAGGCUUUUGGGUGUCAACUACACCGCGUAGUUCGGUCUAUUCGAGCUCAGACUCUACAAUUUUAAUUGGACGCAAAGACACUUGGGUAUAUCAUGAAGUCCGGGUCGUAAAGCAAAAAUACACCACGACGACAGAGUAUGAAAAUGAGGAAAAGAAUAAAAAGGAUGGGUGGGUCUUGUGUCGGAUUGACAAACUCCAAUGCAACUGA